AAAGCGAUAUAGUAAUUUAUAGGGCAUCGGUUUGGUUGUGCAGAUCCAAAGGAGUACAGAGAGAGAGAGAGAGAGAGAGAGAGGGUCGAAAUGGCCGUGAGCAUUGUUCUCUCUCACAUCUCGGCUCUGCUGGUGGCAGUUCUCGUCCUCCUGUGGGCGCUCGCCUUCCGCACCACCAUCUUUCUGCGCUUCUAUUCCUCAUCCGUCGACGGCGGCGCCACCGGCACCGGCACCGCCGUUGCGCACUUCGACCACAUAUACUUUGUCCUCCACACUCUCCUCAUGGUCAUCGGCUUCAUCCUCUUCGGCGGCGAAGGUAUACUGGCGCACAGGUGGGGGGUGGGCUUGGGUUGGGCACGGGGCCCGAGGAAGGCAGCGCACCUCUGGCUGCAGGGGGCGGCUCUGGGUUUCGGCGUCGCCGGGGUGUGGACCAAGUUCAAGGGCAACAAGGGGGUCCUCGCCAACUUCCACAGCCUGCACUCCUGGAUGGGUCUGCUCUGCCUUCUCCUCUUCGCCGCCCAGUGGACAAUAGGGUUCCUCAGCUUCUGGACCAGGGGAGAGGGACGACGGGCAAGAACAUUGUUGCUGCCGUGGCACAUCUUCAUUGGCAUCUUCACCUACAGCUUGGCUGUAGCUACGGCAGAGUCUGGCCUCAUGGAGAAGAUGACCUUCCUUCACACCAAACAUGGCAUCCCAGGGUCCUCCUUGGAGUUCACCCUCAUCAAUGUUCUUGGCCUCACUCUCGCCAUCCACUGUGGGCUUGUUGUCUUCACUUUAAUCCCUGCGAAGCACAAGGAGAGCAGCACCAGUACCAUGACAACAAGGAUCGGCUAUGGUGUGAGUGGUGUUCAACGCUUGUCGCUGUAGAUGGCCUACAGAAUCCUAGAAUGAAGCACAGAAAGGGAGCAAAAAAGUGAGGAAGAACAAGAUCAAUGAAUUUUGACCGUGUUUCUGAUUCCAUCCAUCAAGCUGCCCACUGUGAUGGUGAAGACCUUUGAACGAGUGAUCUGCUCAUGAUAAAACUUAACAGAAGGAGAGCGAGUUGCUGCUCAUCAUGAUUCAUGUAGUCUCGCAGUUUGACUGGUGCAAUGCUGAUACUGCAUGUUCAAAUACUGAUUUCACUGAAAUCAACUUGAAUAGCUCUUCUUUCUUUUUGAGAUAAGAAUCUGAGUAAAGAAUUUAUUCAGAUCUUUCUGUUCAGUGGAUUUGGUUAAAUACUGACAAAUAUAGGUGUAUGUUCAAAAGAGUUCAUUUUGUGGAAUCAUUCAUUAAAUACUGAAAGUUGUGAAGAGUUCAUCUA